UAAUAUCGUAGAGGAAGGGAAGCCGAGUUAUGCCUCGAUCGGUGGCUCGCGCGUUCCUCCUUUCCUUUCCGGGAUGCUUCACGUACAUGUCGAGGGAUGGGAAUCUGAUUUGGGCGUUUGAGGAAUGUGACCGUCUCCAAGAUCAUGAUUGAUGAGGAGGAUAAAGGGACCAUGCAAACAAACAUCGAGGCAUCCCUUGGCUGUCUUAAGAAGAAGACAUCUGACGUGAAGUCCCAGGGAAGUGGGAACGCUAGCUGUUUUAAGAAGGCAUCUGACGUGAAGCCCCAGGGAACUCGGAAUGCUAUGGAAGAUAUUCCUGAGACUAAAGAAGAUAUUGAUGUACCUCCAGCUUAUUUUUUUCAUUCAGACUACUCAGUUAGCAGGGAAGGAUCUAGACUUUUGCAUCAAAGCCAGAACAUGCCAUUUUACCAACCAGAAGUCUUGAUGUGGCCAAUCAUCUAUCCUGGUAUACAGAUGCAGCAGCAGCAGCACCAUAUGAAUGUAUUUGACAAUCAUUUAUUUCCAAUGAACAGUGAGGGUUUUUACCCUGCUGAGCAUAAAAUACAUUAUAUGCCAUACAAGAUGUUUCCUCAAGGUUACCCACAUGAACUUCAGUUUCAAGAAUUUCAAUAUUUCGUGGUUAUUGACUUUGAAGCAACCUGCGAAAAGGAUAAGAUCCUACAUCCACAAGAGAUCAUUGAAUUUCCAUCUGUUCUUGUUAAUAGUUGUACUGGAUGUCAAGAAGCUUCCUUCCAAACAUAUGUUAGGCCCGUGCAUCAUCAACUCCUGACUGAUUUCUGCAAGGAGCUCACAGGCAUCCAACAAAUUCAGGUGGAUAAAGGUGUUUCUCUUAGCGAAGCUCUGCUCUUGCAUGACAAAUGGUUGGAAGACAAAGGGAUUAAGCAUAAAAACUUUGCUGUGGUCACAUGGUCUGACUGGGAUUGUCGUGUGAUGCUUGAAACUGAGUGCAGAUUUAAGGGGAUUCGGAAACCUCACUAUUUUAAUCAGUGGAUCAAUUUAAAGGUUCCAUUUCAGGAGGUUUUUGGUGGCGUCCGCUGCAAUUUAAAGGAGGCGGUUCAGCUGGCCGGACUAGCAUGGGAGGGCCGUGCUCACUGUGGCCUCGACGAUGCUCGAAACACCGCCCGUCUCCUUUCCGUUCUCAUGCGCCAAGGUUUCCGCUUAUCCAUAACCAACUCUCUCACACAACAUUCAAUCGAACGUCCCAAUCCAUCAUCCACUACCCAAAUCCUGAAGCCAAAAGAGAAAAUUUCAGGUCAAACCCCCCUCCAGUAUCAGCCCUCCAUGGAAGCCAUGAAGGAGAGAGCCAUCUACUGCUUCUGUGGGGUGAAGAGCAGUAAAUGUGUGGUUAGGAAGCCAGGGCCUACACAGGGAAGGUAUUUUUUUGGCUGUGGAAACUGGACGGGCAGUGCUGCCUGUGACUACUUUGUUUGGGAGGAAACUAAGAAGUCUAUUGAUCUUACCUCUGUACAAAAGCUGAGAAUUUCUCCAGUACUCCAUGGUGCUGUGAUUAGUGGAAGCAAUAAAGCUUAGUCGCAUACUCGGUUUUGCUUCACUUAUAUAUAUAAAUAUAUACAUAUAUGUCUUCUAUCUAAGAGAGUGAAAACUUUUAUGUUAGCAACUAAGAUAUUUCUAGGGAGUGUCUAACCUGUAAACUCUAGACUUGUUGACAGGAGAUUGAAGGAUAAGAUGCUGCUUAGGAUGAUUUAAAUAGUGUAGAAAUGGUUGAAGACUUGAAAUUAUUAUCUUAAAUAACAGACGACUAUGAGUCUUGUUUGUUUUCUGUUAUUUAUAAUGGAAAAGCUAUCAAUGCAUUUCCUGUAUUGACUUCUGGAACUCUAAUCUUAGAUGCUGGUACUCAA